UAGAACCUGUACCUCACAGGAACCAGGAUCUGAGAGACUUCAUAUGAGUUUGAUUGCAAUUUGGCCAGGUUAUCUGGGGGAAUCAUGUUCGCCAAGAUUGCACGUGCUGCUGACUCAAAGCCGCCCGGGCUAUGGGUCAGCAGUCUCACCUUCUGCGGUUGUAGACACUGUAAUCGCGAACACGCUGUUGCACCCUCCGGGAAUGGUGGCAUCCCCGAUCGGGUAAGGCGCCCUCGCCGCCGUGACCCCGCCACCCUUGCUCAGCACCCUGUCGCCUCGCCGCCAUAUAAAUAUCCGACCUCAAUCCCGCCCCUCCGAUGUGUACUCUCGACUUCUCUUCCUCCCAACUUCUCCUCAGAAUGCUGGCCGCCCUCAUUCCUGGGCUGUUGCCUGCGCCGACCUGCAAUCUCUGCCCUCAUCAUGCUACGUGACGUGGCACCCAGCGCCCCUUCGCCUAGCAUCCUUGUCGCGACGGCUUUCAGAGAGCGCCCCUUCUCUCCCCUUCCACUCCGAACCUUGGCCGUCUCUACAGCUUCGCUCGGACAACAGACUCUCCGAGGAAGGACAUGAGCUUGCCUCUAGGUCCAGAAUAUCAUCAGCACCGGCGUUAUGGUGUAUCCUGCUGCCGUGAUCACGAACCG